UACAUAUCCAAUAUAUUGAAGUUAAAAUAAUCAAAUAAACUGAUUUAUCUAUAAAAACGCAAUACCAAACUGGCCAAACAAAAUAUGUUGGGUUCGAAGCUUGAAAUGAAAUAAAAAAUGGAGUGACCCUCUUCACUUGGGUAACACCGUAAUGGAGAAAUGCUUGAUCAGAUGCUCUCAUGGCAGCGCUCUCUUCAAAACCCUUAAACCCAAAACCCACAUUCGCUUCUCUUCAACGCCACUUCGCUCCGGCCAAGCCCUCCGAUCGCCUCGCAGAGCCUACGACGCUUUGCUGUUGGACGCCGGCGGCACUCUAUUGCAGCUGGCCAAGCCCGUUGAAGACGUUUACGCCUCCAUCGGAUCCCAAUACGGUGUGACUGCAACUCCAGCUGAAAUCAAACAAGGUUUCAGGAGAGCCUUCUCUGCUCCUUGGCCUCAAAAGCUCCGAUACCAGGGAGAUGGGAGGCCGUUUUGGAAACUAGUUGUUUCCGAAGCCACGGGUUGUUCUGAUCUUGAUUAUUUCGAACACGUCUAUCAGUACUAUGCUAAAGGUGAUUCGUGGCGUUUACCGGAUGGAGCUCAUGAGACAAUGCUACUUCUCAAGGAUGCUGGAGUUAAGCUUGCUGUUGUGUCGAAUUUUGACUCCCGCUUGAGGAAGUUGCUUGAGGAGCUGAAUGUGUUGCAUCUGUUUGAUGCUGUUAUCAUAUCUUCAGAGGUUGGUUCUGAAAAACCAGAUGCAAACAUAUUUAAAGCUGCUUUAGAUCAAACUCAUGCUGAUGCUGGCAAGGCAGUACAUGUUGGUGAUGAUGAAAAAGCAGAUAAGGUUGGGGCCAAUGCUGUUGGAAUUGAUUGCUGGUUAUGGGGCAAGGAGGUGAAGACAUUCUUCGACAUUCGAAAUAGAAUUCUGAUUUCAGAGUCAUAGGUUUCAAAGGUGGGCAAGGAGGUGAAGACAUUCUCCAACAUUCAAUAUAGAAUUUUGAUUACAGUCACAGAUUUCAAAGGAAUAGGUACCACACUGUUCGUUGAUUGGAAUUCAAACCUGUUUGUUCCUUAACCAUUCCUCGUUUUCAGGUAUCAUGCCGACACUACUUCUUGAAUCU